CAGCUUGAGCCGCUGCUGCUAGAAUCCUUAUCGGCAGGAUCACCAUGACGGAGCCGAGCAACAGAAAAGAAGGAUUUAAAAAAUGCCGGAGUGCCACUUUCAGCAUCGAUGGCUAUAGCUUCACAAUUGUUGCCAAUGAGACGGGAGACAAAAAUGCUCGGCCGCUUUCACGAUUUGCUCGGUCUAAAUCUCAGAAUUGCCUGUGGAACACCAUUAUUGGUGGGCUCACAGGAAAUCUUAAGGAAAAGCAGAAACCAACCAUCAUCUAUGACCCAAGGCCUCCUGAAGAAAUCUUGGCGGAUGAACUACCACCCGUGGAGAGUCCGGAUGCACUAGUGAAAACAUCAUUCAGGUUGCGAUCUUUGGUCAAGCAGUUAGAGAGAGGAGAGGCUUCUGUUGUUGACUUGAAAAAGAACUUGGAAUAUGCAGCUACCGUACUUGAAUCUGUGUACAUUGAUGAAACCAGGCGUCUGUUGGAUACAGAAGAUGAGCUCAGUGAUAUCCAAUCCGAUUCUGUGCCCUCGGAGGUACGGGACUGGCUGGCUUCCACCUUCACAAGGCAGAUGGGGAUGAUGCUCAGAAGGACUGAGGAGAAGCCAAGGUUCAGAAGCAUCGUCCAUGCGGUUCAAGCUGGGAUAUUUGUGGAGAGGAUGUACAGGAGAACAUCCAAUAUGGUUGGACUUAGCUACCCACCAGCAGUGAUUGGGGUGCUAAAGAACGUAGACAAGUGGUCAUUUGAUGUAUUUGCACUGAAUGAUGCUAGUGGGGACCAUGCACUAAAAUUCAUUUUCUAUGAAUUGCUCACACGCUAUGAUUUGAUCAGCCGCUUCAAGAUUCCAAUUUCUGCUCUUGUCUCCUUUGUGGAAGCUCUGGAAGUUGGCUACAGUAAACAUAAAAAUCCAUAUCAUAACCUAAUGCAUGCGGCAGAUGUCACACAGACGGUUCAUUACCUCCUUUUUAAGACGGGUGUAGCGCACUGGUUGACCGAGCUGGAGAUCUUUGCUAUGAUCUUUGCAGCUGCCAUUCAUGACUACGAGCACACUGGAACUACCAACAACUUUCAUAUUCAGACACGGUCAGAUACAGCCAUUCUUUAUAACGACCGGUCUGUGCUGGAAAAUCAUCACCUUAGUGCAGCUUUUCGCCUUUUGCAAGAUGAUGAAGAGAUGAACAUUUUGUCUAACCUCUCCAAGGAUGAUUGGAGGGAAUUCAGAACUCUGGUGAUUGAGAUGGUGCUGGCUACAGAUAUGUCCUGUCACUUCCAGCAAAUCAAAGCCAUGAAGAAUGCAUUGCAGCAGCCAGAAGGAAUUGACAAACCGAAAGCCUUAUCACUGAUGUUGCACACUGCAGAUAUCAGUCAUCCCGCCAAGGCAUGGGAUCUCCAUCAUCGCUGGACCAUGUCAUUGCUAGAGGAGUUCUUCAGACAGGGAGACAAAGAAGCAGAACUAGGGCUUCCUUUUUCCCCUUUGUGCGAUCGCAAAUCCACUAUGGUUCCUCAGUCCCAAGUAGGCUUUAUUGAUUUCAUUGUGGAGCCCACUUUCACUGUGCUGACUGACAUGACAGAGAAGAUUGUAACACCUCUCAUUGAGGAAGCCUCCCGCUCUGGCAUGACAGGGUUUAGGCGUUCCAGUCUGAACAGCAUUAGCCCCUCAGAAGUUAAAAGAUCAAGUGUCAAGAGCACUGGGUCAGAAGGAAGUGCCUCAAUCAACUGUUCCAUACUCACUGUGGACUUCAAAUGUUUUAAAAGCACCUGGACUGAAGUGGUGCAACAAAACCGAGAGAAAUGGAAAGCACAAGCAACCAAAGAAGAAAAAGCCAAGAAGGAAGCAGAGGAGAAUUCUCAACAGGGUGCAGAUGAAAAGAGAACAGAUGAAAAUGAAGGGAAAAAGCCAACUGAGGAAACGGCUGCCACCAAAUCUGAAAACAGUAAAGAAGGAAAUUCAGGGGAGACUAAGAGCACAGAAGCCAGCAAGAGCAAUGUAAAUGGGACUCGUCAAACUGGUGUUAACAAACAUGACGCUUCUCAAGGGAAAAAUGCAGCUCGGGUGGACAAGGAAACAGAUGCUAACUCGACAGCAAGAGAGCAGAAACGGCAUGUACAGAACGGUGAAUUAAAAGAUGAUAAGAAGUCAGACCAGAAAGAUCAGGGGAAAGAGUUAAAGAAAUCAGAGGGUUCAAAGCAACGUACGAAUGAUGCACCAAUACCAGAUUCCACAAAUCGGCUUACUUUGCCAGAAGACUGAGAGCUUCUUCAGAAGAGCAUUACCACAUCAACAUGCCAACCCAGUUGUUUGGAGGGCAUUUUUAAGAAAAGCAUGCGCUUCCUGCAAAAAAUGUUCAGAUUAUCUGAACUCAAAAACCAGCAACAGUGAAUAUCUACCAUAAGAAAUCAGGGGCAACAAUUUGAAAAACAGAUUUUCCUUCCAAAACAAAUUAUUUCAGUUUUUCUUUUCUCACUUUUUCUCCCCCCCACCCCCGCUUUUUUAAAAAAUACUAUGUUCCCUGGCAUAACUCAGAAUUUAGUUCUGUUCACUAUGCUAACUUCUUACUGUCUCUUCAAAAAUUACAUGCAGAGACUGUCUGAAUGGAAUUUUU